AUGACUUAUUUGGAAAGUUGUGCUCUAAAAUUUAAUCAAGGUUUCAACAAUUAUAGAUCAAAUCAACAAUCCAUUUUAAACGACAACAUGAAUACUUAUACUUCGGAGGCAACCAGUUCCGAUUACACGGACGAAAUAGAAUUGGAUGUUGACAAUUUUGAGAUCAAGCUAAAGUUGGGCGGAGUCGUGUCCACGUUUAAAGAUGAUGGAGUUUGGCGUCACAAGUUCCCUAAGAAAGAUCCCGACUUACAAAAGCUGUCAGACUGCAGAGCAAAGUUGGUCAAACUUGUCGAGGAGAAUGAAAAGUUGCGUCUAAAAUUCGACAUUUUAUUCGAUCUGGCAAAAUCAACUUCCGCCGACUACGACGAUACGAAGGAGGAACUGAAACAAUUACGGAAAAUGUGGAAGCAGACGAAGAAAUCAAAAUUAAAUUGAUAGAUUUUAUUAA